UUCCGCCCCUACACAAGUCCUUUCUUCUCCAACGCCCCUAUCAUACCUGCCCCAGACUUGAAGCCCCCAUCUCGUUUGAAUGGUUAGGUUACGGCUGCUCCACGAAUGACACUCACCACUACCACCAUACUGUCUGCGUGAAUCACCGACUCUACUUGCCUUGUUAACUUACACAAAAUCCAUUACAAUCCCCUCCAAUGCCAGGUUACUUUUAUCAUUUGUUCUUUGAUCUUUACCCUCCUACUUUUCCAGCCGUUAGAUCGUUGCCUGAUCUCAAACAUCUUUCUGACUUUCAAUUGUCGCAACUCCAUGCUUGGAUACCACCUCCGGAGACAAGCAUCUUUGGUACCAUCUUGCCCUCCCACACAGCGUCACAUCCUCUGCCCUUUCGCGAGCUUGAGGAGCUUGCUAUAGACCGGAAACAGGUAGAGAAGAGCAAGGCCCGGGAAUCCUCUGCCUUUGAUCCGGAAGCCUAUUCUACACAUUUGCCCCAUCUAGACUGGCGCUUCGGUCGCGUAUCGGUUGAGUCUAUAGAUAUGGCUCUGGAGGACCGUUCGGCGGUUCAUAUGAAUUCUCCGGGCACGGAAGGAUCUAAAAAUGGCGAAAGUCGACCUUCGGGGGCCUCGGAAUCUUUUGCCGGAGGUGCUGCCUCAAAGGCUCAUUUCAUUCCCCUAGAAACGAAGAACACUGAGUUUGGCUAUGGGGUUGUACAUCUCUAUCGAGAUGUCUUUGAGACUCCCGGACUUUAUCCUCUAACAACUAAAGUCGAAACAGCCCACAAACUUCCGGGAAAUCUUUAUGGCGAAACCGAUGAGGCAUUAACCACCAUUGCUGUACUUGCGGUUCCUUCCUAUAUGACUGCGUCAGACUUUAUGGGGUUUGUGGGGGAAGAAACUCGUGACGCUGUUAGUCAUUUUAGAAUGAUCAGGACGGGCCAGGCAAAUAGAUAUAUGGUUCUCAUGAAAUUCAGACGAAAAGAAGGCGCAAGAGAAUUUGUUGGUAGCUUUAAUGGAAAAGUGUUCAACAGUAUGGAGGUAUGUCAAGCGCCACGAGAGAAAGACGUCUCAACACUUGCGGAAGGCUACGUACUGAGAUGUAAUGUUAAUAGCCAGAAAAUUGCCACGUCGUUUUCGUAAAAUCAAUUCAAUUUCAACCGCCUACAUCGGAGGACUCUUCCUCUAUACCUCCCCUUGAGCCUUCUACAGAUCCGUUUUCCGCCUCUCACUAUCCCACAUCUCCGAUACCUACUACCACUUCCGUAGUAGCACCGUCAUCCUCUGCACCCGUCACAGCCAAUCUAUCGACAAAGCCCGUGCCACCUCCGACCCCAUCACUUUUAGAAUUGCCAACAUGCCCAGUAUGUUUGGAGCGUAUGGACGAGACCACAGGACUGUUGACUAUUCUGUGCCAGCACGUCUUCCACUGCGCCUGUCUCAGCAAGUGGAAGGAUAGUAGUUGCCCAGUUUGCCGCUAUACACAGAGCGAUGGUUUCCGCGAGAAAGAAACCGGGAACGGUGAUGGAGAUGAGUACUGCGAGGUUUGCGGGGCCAACAGCAACCUAUGGAUCUGGUAUUUAUCAAGCCCUAUCCCCCACGUCUCCACCGACAGGAGUUAACAUCCGCUCUUCUUAGCCUUAUAUGUGGAAAUGUUGGCUGUGGCCGCUAUGAUGAGGCGCAUGCGUUCGAGCAUUACAAAGAGACUUCACAUUGUUAUGCCAUGGAUAUUGAGACACAGCGUGUCUGGGACUAUGCGGGCGAUGGGUAUGUCCAUCGAUUAAUCCAAAACAAGUCGGAUGGGAAAUUGGUUGAAUUGCCAUCAACACUAUCAGAUUCCCGAAACCCCGAUCGUCACAUUGAUGGAGAUUAUGUUCCCCGCGAGAAGCUGGAUAACAUCGGUAUGGAAUACACUUACCUUCUCACGAGUCAGCUCGAUAGUCAGCGGCUUUACUUCGAGGAAAAGGUCACGCAAGCGGCGGACAAGGCUUCGAAAGCCACUCAUGCCGCAGAGAAAGCAAUUGUGGAGUCCCGAGAAUUGAUGAAGGAGAUGAAGGAGCUUCGUAGCAAAUUAACCGAAUUAGACACAGAAGUAUUACCCACCUUAGAAAAAGUCAAGGAGCGAGCCGAGAGGAAGGCCGAGAAAUGGGCAGACAUGGCCAGAAGGAUGGAAAAAGAGUGGAAGGAGGAGAAGGGCGUCAAUAACGGUUUGAUGGAACGGAUCGAAUUUCUGACGAAGGAUUCGGAGCAGAGGCAGAAAGAAAACGAAGAUCUCCGGGAACAGGUACGCGACUUGAUGUUUUUCGUCGAGGCUAGGGAAAAAAUGAAAGACGAAGGGGAGGAGGUUUCGGAGGGCACAGUCACGGUUGGUGAUGCGCCCCCACCGCCACAGCCUAAGAGGGGGAAGAAGGGAAAGGGAAAGAGAUGA